AUGUCACUCUCACCAGCAGGCCAUUCCACCGAGGCUCCGGAUUCUGGUAGCAUCGCUACAAGUAGUGGUGGUGAACAACAAAAGAAGUCUACCAAAGUCAAAGUCUUUUACACGUUCCAAGGAAUCGAAUCGACGUGUCUAUGCACCUUCACCAUGGAUAUCGAGCAUAAUGAAUCCGAAUACAUAGCCGUACCUCUCAAAGAUUGCUUGAUGGAGUUGUGUACUUCAUGCCCUGAUAUGCUUUUAUAUCCUGAUGCCGAUUGUGCAGUGUACAGUGCCAAUUUCGAGGAGAUGACUACGACGGCAGAAUCCAAAAUGGUUUGGGAGGGACAUGGCUUGUUAUCAUGGAUCUUGGACAAGGAAAGUGACAAGGCUAUUCAAGUGACAGGGAAGCGUAGUCGCAGUAAUGCAGCAGCCAAUGAUGAAGAUGCUGUGGAGGUUGUACUCCAACUUCACCCUACGCAUCGUAUUUCCAAAAUGGAUUAUUACAACACCUUGGUGCAUAGACGAGGAUUGCAGAUCUCACCAACAUCGCCUGUACCUGAUGAUACUUGCUCUUCUCAAGUACGACGCGUUAUCAGCCUUCCAUCCAUGUUGCCAACUGAAUCGCUUUCUCCUCCAAAUGAGUCUUCACGUUAUCCACGUAUGUUGCCUCCAAUUGGUCGUUUAUCCCCUGAAGAAACGAGUUCGACUGCUACAGCACCACCAGCACCACCUCAUUCAGCUGCUGCUGCAGGUCCACCCUCUUCUUCUUCGCCAUCUUCAUACGACGAGCAUACGUUCAAGAAACGUAAGCUUUCUCCUCCAAUCAUGGAUCCAUUUCGUGUAUCAUCAUCGCCAUCCUCCGCUGUUGUUGCAAGAUCUGAAAUGCCGCCCCAUACUCGUACAUCACCCAGCUUGUCAUUACCUCCUCCUUCAGCAUUGCUAGAUUUACGUAAAGAGGAUCGUUAUUAUUAUCAUCAACAACAACAACCUCAUCACGUUACAACAACACAACCACUCCCACCUGCUGAAGCAUCCUCCUCCUCGUCUUCAUCCUUACAACAACAACAACAUCAUCAUCAUCACCCACACCAUCAUCCAUAUCACCAUCAUCAACCUCCACCUCCACCUCCACCACAUUAUCCACACCCACAACAACAACAACAUGUGCGUAUGCCAACACAACAUACCGCUGUGGGUCGUAGAAAGAAACGUGAUACAAAACCUCCCAAUGUGAAUGAUGUGCGUACCUUUGUGCAGGUGGAAAAAGAUGACAAUGGAAAUUAUCGACUUCCCGUUGAGAUUGACUCGUGGACCGUGCUCAGUCUUGGUGAUGUGAUUUAUGAUAGACCGGCUUUUCAUAAUCAAAGAUACAUUUAUCCAGUGGGAUACAAGGUGAAAAAGUGGUACAGAAGCAUGGUUGACCCACGCAGUGACACACAAUACACAUGCGAGAUUUUGGAUGGUGGCCAGGAGCCUAUUUUCCGACUGGAAGCGGAUGAUAAUCCUGGAGAAGUCUAUAUGGGACCUACACCUACCACCGUAUGGACCAUUGCUGUGCGACGGGCAUUUGCUAUUCGUAACAUGGAUUAUGGCCAUAAUCCUGUGGGCCCCGACUUUUUUGGUUUACGUAAGAACACAAUCGCAAAGAUGAUUCAGGAUUUGCCAAACGCAGACAAGUGCAAGAAUUACAUCUGGCAAACGUUCAAGAUUGGUACCACCGGAAGGACAGCACGUGGCAAGAUCUUUCGGCCUGAAGACGUGACACCCGAUAAGCAACAACAACCUUCCUCCUCCUCAUCAAGCUAA